GGGCAAUCAACCAAAAUCAUAGUACUUAAGCCCUAUCGAGCCCCUUGUACGUCCUCCUCAUGGGUCGCUCAGGUCUGGAUCGUCAGCCACCCCAGACUAUUGAAAAACGUGGUGAUGCGACCCAGCGCAGUUUCCCGUACGCUGGCCUUAGAAGGCCAACGUUUCCCCAGAACGGGUUCUCGGAUUGAUAAAACAGCUGGGCAGUCGCAAAGCAAGUACUUGACUCAUCUUCCCGUUCACAUCCUGUAUAUAAUGUGUCACUCAGUCUCAUGUUAUAGAAAUGCUUCCGUAGCUAACAGUGUCCAGUUGCAAUGCCAGUUGCAAAUCGAAAUUGUUUUCUGGAUAUAGACUGGUAGUUUUUUACUAAUUCCUCACUAGGAUUUCUGAGGAAUUUCUUAGCUAAUGAGCAGCCCGAUGUAUCAUCCCACAUAUUGUAUCGUCUAUGAUAUUACCCUUGAAUUGUGAAUGACUCUUCAUCCAGGCAACAGUUACUUUAUUACUGGUAGAGGCACUCACAAGUGCCGAGUGGCUGACUAAUGCUGUCCUCGUUGUAAACUUACAACACUUGAGAGUCAGUAUUGCUUGGCUGCUGUCCAUGGAAAACCCAAUAUUUUUGCCUGUGACAUUUCUAUAGGCAAUUUUCUUUACGGCUAAAGUUCUACCAGCUAGUUUGACCUGUGUCUCGCCGGUAUGUCCAUAGACCACUUGCAUGUCAUGCAGAGGCUCGUAGAAUAUGCUCCUCAGCCAGCCUCAUCAUUUUUCUUAAAUCCUUCAGUGUUAAUAUCACCUUCCUCGAUGGUUUUAAGAAGUUGUCGUAAUGGCAUAGGGUCGAUCAAAGAUGAACUUCGGAGGGAUACUAUCCAUGUCAGCCAGCAGGAGUAGCAUGUCAGUAAUUCCGUAUUCAACAAGCGACUCCACAGCCUUUGUUCAGCUGUCCACCAACGAAUUUAAGGCGUACCAUUGUUGCCAAAGUCACUUGUACCAUAUAAGUUUUUAGUGUUGACAAAUUCAGCAACACUUCCAGUGCUUUAAUAAUUCUCUAACAUUUUGAGAGCGUGGUAACCAUUUGAGGCCUCACAUGAUAAUGUUCUUGAAAAACAUAUUUUUGUUUGAUUUCAAUAAAAUACUGUUCCAAUCAAUGUAUAGUAUUAGUCUAUUCAUAUUAGAUAAAAAUACCCCUGAACAAAUGCGCUACGAUAUUCGAAAAACAUAUGUUACUAUACACAUUUUAAAACAAAGCAGAUGUGUGUAUCAUCUUUUGUUGCGAAUUACUCACAUAUACGACAUGUUUGAAUUUGUAUAGAAGAAAAAAUGUAACCCAUCAUUUUUUGCAUAAAAAUAACAUUUAUCUUCCGGAAUGGGUUGCGAUUCAACCGGCAAGAUGAACACGUUUUUUUUUUCUAUUAAAUGCUCUUUGAACGAACCCUGUAUGUUGCUCAAUAAAUGAUGGGCGGAAAACAGAUGUUUUGGGAUAAACAAUUAGAUAUUCUCAGAAAACCACAUAACCAAUAUACUACAAUUUUGUUGUUGUUAUUUAGAAGAACGAAUCCUACGGAUUUGAAGAAUUUCAAGUAGUUGCGUGAAAUUAUAGUCGCAUUACCAAGUGCCAAAACCUGCAUUUUGCCUCGUCUUUGGGCCAUAACAUUUUUACUCUUAGUCGGAUCUUUUUACGUGUGAUCGCAUUUUGUAGGUCUCAUAAAUACCUAAAAAUCUUUUAUGAAAAGUUAUUUCGUUUCUGUCAAUACUUUCGAUUGAAUCGAAAAAAACACAUUUUCUCAUUCUUUGUUGUCAAAUAAGAAGUUUUCCCACAAAAAUUGGUGUACCCAUUUUAUGCGUCCAUGCUUUAAAUACCCCCUUGAACAACUUGCACCAAUAAAACCAGACGUACAAUUAUGUCGGAGAAACUUGCUUAUAUGAUUAGACUAUAUACUUCAUCCGAUCCUCUAAAAGCACUAAACUAAACCUGGGGUUUCGGAUUACGAAUCUGUCACCAGAAAUGUAUAUUCAAAUUGCCGGAACCAACUGGAUUCAGAACCAAAAUUAAAGGAACUGUACUCAAACAAUGGUUGUUUUUCCAAUAAUGACUUGUUUCACGCGAUAUUAAGCAAGAUUACAUUUUGACGGAGUAAAGUUCGGGCUUUUCAUAAAUGUCAUCGUUGAACCAUUAUUGUCAAGGUUGUCAAAAAUUGGCAAUAUUGUGUUGAUACUUGAGAAUCUAAGGCCCGUAUCGUCAGUCGUCCCUUCAAUUGAAGGGGACCUUUAUGGCCUCCUUGAUUGUCAUAGUUUUCUACUUCUCAGCGCUCUAUUUUGAGGUUAUGUCACAAACAUCUAUUUGCAACAAAUUGUGCUUGCUUUUGAGUUAUAUCAUGUUUUAUCAGCCUGAAAUUUCCUACAAUUUGAAAAGAAAACAUAUCUUCACAAUAGGAGAGCGCUGACGCUGACACGCGACAAAUGUAAUCUAGAAAUUUUUAAAGGAGAGAAAGGAGUAUGACAAUCAAGGAGACCAUAAACGCGCCCUACAAUUGUAGGGACGACUGACGAUAAGGGCCUAAAUGAGUUAAUGGUUUUCCAGGGCCUCCAUCAUGUGCUGCGCCUACUGGUUACUGUUCUGUCAAAAUUAUACAGUGUCAUUCAAAAAUUAUUCAUAAAAAACCUUUUUGCAGGGUCACCAUUCAAGGGCCUGGAUCUAUAACACGACAUUUUGAAAAUCAUCAGAAGACAAAAAGUCUUAUAAUAGUUGUAUAUUAUUUUAAGUGUAUUUCGCUAAAAAUCUUUAAACUAUCUUCGGCGUCCUGGGGUUUGGAAUUUACGUCUAACGGCUCUCGACGAUUUAGCCACGCUGUAAAAUAUCGCAUUCACACGAACUUCGAUGUUGUUUUUUGACUGUUUCAUAUGUGGUGCGAAUGUAAUAUAAUUGCAAGAAAUGCGUUAAUUUUUUAUGUGCUUAUUUGCCAGAUGUCAUUAGCAAGCACAUCGAGUGAGCAGAGUCCUGAGCCGCUGUUUGACAUGCACGAUCUCCAUGGGCAGGCUGCGUUGCAUGUGGCUGCUAGAUUAGGUCAAGCGCAGGUGGUCAAGGUAUUAUUGGAAGCAGGUGCAAAUGCGGAUCAAGCGGAUGUCGACGGUUGGACACCUUUAAGAGCUGCAGCAUGGGGUGGACAUACAGAGGUAGUUGAGCUCUUAGUGAAACACGGCUGUUCCUUGGACAGCGUUGAUGCUGAGAAUCGGACGGCUCUUCGGGCUGCAGCGUGGUCAGGUCAUGAAGAAAUCGUCAAAAUUCUUUUAGAACAUGGAGCGGAUGUGAACCUAACUGAUCACGAGGGCAGGACGGCGCUCAUAGCAGCGGCAUAUAUGGGACAUAGUGAGAUCGUAGAGCACUUGUUGAAUUACGGUGCUGACAUAAACCAUGCUGAUGCAGAUGGUAGAACAGCGCUGUCUGUAGCGGCCUUGUGUGCCCCAAGACAGCCUGGUGUCAACGUAGUGUCAACAUUACUAGAAAGAGGGGCAACAGUAGAUCACAAGGACAAAGAAGGAAUGACACCAUUAUUGGUAGCGUCGUUCGAAGGUCAUAGAGACGUAUGUGAGCUAUUGUUAGAAAACGAAGCUGACGUGGAUCAUUGUGAUCAUAGUGGGAGAAGUCCAUUGUGGGCGGCUGCUAGUAUGGGCCAUGCACCAGUGGUAGCACUUUUGCUGUUUUGGGGUUGUUGUAUAGAUUCCAUGGACUCGGAAGGCCGAACAGUGUUAUCUGUAGCAGCCGCACAAGGUUGCGUUGAGGUAGUCAGGCAACUGCUGGAUAGGGGCCUAGACGAACAACACCGCGAUAAUUCCGGGUGGACCCCAUUGCAUUAUGCAGCUUUUGAGGGGCACCUGGACGUCUGCGAAGCACUGCUUGAAGCAGGAGCCAGAGUAGACGAAACGGAUAAUGAGGGUAAAGCUCCAUUAGCGCUUUCUGCUCAGGGCGGGCAUACUGCGCUUGUAAAUAUAUUGAUAGAGAAGUAUAAUGCACCUGUGGAUCAGAGGCCACACGACGGAAAAACUGCACUCAGGCUAGCUGCGUUAGAAGGUCACUACGAUAUUGUACAAAUUUUAUUAUCUCACGGAGGUGACAUAGAUUCAAAAGACGCGGAUGGUAGAAGCACUCUAUAUGUUUUAGCAUUAGACAAUAGAUUAGCAAUGUCAAAGUACUUCAUACAGCAAGGAGCUGAUGUAGAAACUCGGGACUUGGAGGGCCGGACACCACUGCAUGUGUCAUCAUGGCAAGGCCACACUGAAAUGGUGUCCUUACUUUUAACAUAUGGAAAGGCUCAGGUCGAUGCGUGUGAUUUAGAAAAUAGGACAGCACUUCAUUCAGCCAGCUGGCAAGGACAUAGCGAUAUUGUUAAGAUACUGCUGGAAAAUGGAGCUGUUCCUGAUCAUACGUGCAAUCAGGGAGCUACUGCUUUAGGUAUUGCGGCUCAGGAAGGACAUGAACUGUGUGUGGUAGCCCUUUUAGAACACGGCGCUGACCCUAAUCAUUCGGAUGCUUGCGGAAGAAAUGCUUUAAGAGUAGCUGCUAAAUCUGGGCAUAGGGGUGUGGUUAGGCUACUUGAAGAAUACAAUGCUCGAUCGCACAAAAUUGCGCACACUAGUAGCAGUGCCAACAGCAUAACGUCAGCUUCUACAGCAGAAACUAAGCCUUCCUGUGCCAUUUUGUAUCCGGGAAUGGGUAGCGCAGGAGACUGGACGGAUCAACAACGCAGGUCCAUGGUCUCGUUAGGAAAUCACAGUUCCAACUCCAAGUCCAGUUCUAACCUCACGGGUUCUAGUCAGUCAAGUCGACAUGGUGAUAGGCAGAGGGGAGAAAAUACACAAAACACACAGCCCCUGUCGUUCACGCAACAGCUACAGCAAUGUACAAGAGGUGGUAAGACACGACCUUUGAGCAAGUUGCUGUCGCCCUUGCAAAGUGAACCUCAAAGUCCUAUCUAUGCUUCACCUCCACUCAGCCCUGUACAUGACGCACCUAAUAUGUUUGGUGCCAUGAACAUAUACCAACCAGUUUUAAGGCAUAACAACUUCGCCAAAGCUCCAGAUACCCAUUUUGCUCGAGACACUCACAUGAGGAUAAUCUUGGGCAAUUCGGGCAGUUCGCCGUUUACGAAAGAGAAAAAGUCUGAUCAGUCGCAUUUCGAAAAUAGCAACACAAAAUCGAAUAGCUUCAUUAAUAAACUUUUCAGCGGAGGCGGCGGUGGCGGAGCGCCAUCGUCCACCGCUGGUGGUGGGGGUGGCGCUGGAGGCGGCAAACCGAAGCGCAACGGCAUCGUGACCAAUCCGGCGCUGCGAUUGGUCGCAAACGUGAAGAACGGUCUUGACACGGCCGCCGCCAAUCUGCGCAAGUCCGCGUCGGGGGCAAACCCCGCCUCCAAGACCAACAGCUUCCACUGGCGGAAGGAGACACCUCUCUAGAGGCGGCCGAGACAGUGGGGGUAAAUGUUGGGAUCUUAGAGGAUGGUUGCUAGUCAUUGUUACGGUUUUAAACUGGACACGCAAAACAGAGAAAAUGUUAAUAAUAACACUCACCUAGUCUUAAAUAUAUCAAAGAAAUAAUUUUAAUAGGUUUAUAUUUUAUCAUGUGUAGAGGUAUUUUUCCAUUGUUUUUGUUCAAAUCAAUCAAGUAUAUUCUCAUAUCUAUUUUUUAUCAUCAUUGCGUUUUGUUCUGUUCGGCCUAGGUUAUAUUCAACGAUGCAUUUGUAUUAAUUCCGAUGAUUAAUACGUUCGAAUUUGUGAUAGCGUAGCAUGUAUUUCUUCACAUAGUCACGUCGUCAAAUAUUCAGGUACGCUUACAAGAUAAAUCUCAAAAUUAUUUUGAAUUGUCGUCGGGUGUAAGUAUAUGUACAUUAGCCAAAUCUUGCCAUUUUUAUUUCUACCAAUAUCGCAUAUCACAUCACAGUUACUAUAACACAUCUGACAUCAUAUAGGUUACUAUUUCACCUAGUUACUUUUUCAUACUUAUCUCAAAUGUGUCAAAUGAUAUAUCGACUUUUGCAGACAUUCGGCCAUCUUGUAUAUGUACUUCAUAUUUUGACGACCAGUAUAUUUUCUUUGCAUAAGAGUGUUUUACGUGAUUUCACUUAGCGUAGACUAAAUCUCCGUUUUUUUUUUGUAACUUGCAGACACCGAUUAGACUUGAUUCUGUAAUAAACUGUUAUAGUCAUACACUUAGGGCAAUAUAUGCUUUUCAUUACAAAACGUUAGGUAAAAUACGAUCUCGGUAAGGUAAAUACAACUGUGGUCAGAAAAUCGUAUUUAAACUAAUUUAUAUUGAAUUACGUUUCCAAUACUUAAACAUUUUUUCUAACAGAGUAUUGAUACUGGUCACAAUCAUCAAAACAUAGCGCCACUCGAUCGAUCAUUCACAUUACUGUCAGGAUGAUUUGUCUUUCUAAGUAAUCACUUCAUUAAUCUUGUCAGUACAGCUUAGGCAGUAUCGAGUUAUGAUGAAUGCGACACUGACGGAUGUUUCUAUUUAUUAAUGUAACAUUUGAAACUCAACCUGUGGUUUUCUUGUAGAUGAUCCCCCAUGUUUGUCUGCCCAAUGAAACUACAGGAAUUUACAAUUCUUCUUUAAUGUAGACGUUUCUGUUACAAUGGUGACCCUCAGUACAUGCCUUUUUGGCAAUAUUUUAUUUAUCUGUCUUCCAGGUGACACUUCGUUUUUUUUUCAUUUUCAGAUUCCUAUAUAUUGUGUUCCUACAAUAGUCUGAAAGAUUUGUAACAUGCCUAGAUUGCGCGAAACCAUCAUUCCAAAUUUUAAGCUGGCAGAACGCCACGCUCUUCCGUCGUUCGGAAAACGCCAAAAGCCCUUCAAAAAUCGACAGAUAACCUCAUACAGGAAUGCCUUCCGCAGGCGGUCCUGGGUUAUGCUGGUUUUGCGUGGCACCAUCUUAACAUUUGGAAUGAUGACUUCGCGCAAUCUCGGCAUGUUACGGACCUUUCAGGCGAUUGUAGUAUCACGUGUAUAGGAAUCAGACGUUGAAAAGGAAAAACGAACGAAGUACCAUCUGGAAGACAGAUAAAUAAAAUAUUGUCGUAAAAGCGUCAUGCACUGAAAAAGGUCACCGUUGUACCUGAAACGUGUACAUUAGAGAUAAAAUUUAUAGAUGCGGUUUCAUUGGCCAGACAAACUUGGGAAAUUUUCUAUUUGUCUUAGAUAUCUGAAGUAAAAGGACGUUAAGCAUAAUUUUGGUCGUGUAUUGCCAAUUUGAACAAUGUUUUGCUCAGUCCUGUUAUCAGCAAGUCAAACAGAUGGUAACAGAAAGUGCUUACCUUACCGUACCGUACUGUAUUCGCCAUGUAGAGUUAUUAUGUAGCAUAAUCCCUCUUUUUCCGUACUGUUUUUUUCUUAUUUAAAUGCCGAUCUCAUUCGAAGAAUAUUUUUGUAUUGUCAAUAUUAGUUAUUAAGAUUAAAAAAGCCUUCGUUUGAUCAGUUCGUGUGAAUUCAAGGUUAUAUUUACUUAUUAUGAACGCAAUCCGCCUGAUGUUUCUGCGGAACGUGUGAUCACACCUUUAAAAAAGUAGUGGACGCGUUGGAGCUGAAACAAGGCAAUUCUGGGGGUGAAAACCCUGUAUAUCAAUUAUAUUAUAUGCCUUUUUGUAUUUAUAUAAAGCUUUAGUUUUAUACAGUUUAAAUUUUGUGCACUGUAUAUGUUGAACAGUAUUAAAAAUAUUCAGAACAAAA